CAUUGCUUCAAACCCACCCAAAAAAAAACCCAUGAGCAAAUUAUUUUUUUAGAAGAAUCUUCUUCCCCAAUUUCCUUUUUCAUUAUCAAAAGAACCCAACUCCUAAAGUUUCAAUUUUUUUCAUCAAAGGGCAAAAACAAAAACAUGGGUUUGAAUUUAAGGGGUAAAGCCUGGAUUUUUCUGGCAAUUCUUUGUUGCUCAUCGAUUUCUUCGGCUAAAGCUGCAGUAUCAUAUGAUCACAAAGCAGUGAUCAUCAAUGGGCAGAGAAGGAUCCUUCUUUCUGGGUCCAUUCACUACCCGAGAAGCACUCCCGAGAUGUGGCCUGACCUUAUACAAAAGGCCAAAGAUGGAGGCCUGGAUGUUAUACAGACCUAUGUCUUCUGGAAUGGACACGAACCCUCUCCUGGCAAAUAUUACUUUGAGGACAGGUAUGAUCUGGUUAGGUUCGUAAAGCUGGUGCAACAAGCUGGUCUCUAUGUUCAUCUUAGGAUUGGCCCUUAUGUAUGCGCUGAAUGGAAUUUUGGAGGGUUCCCUGUUUGGCUCAAGUACAUCCCUGGUAUUGCCUUCAGGACUGAUAAUGGACCCUUCAAGGCUGCCAUGCAAAAAUUCACUGAGAAGAUUGUGGGAAUGAUGAAAGCAGAGAAGCUGUUUGAGACACAAGGAGGACCCAUCAUUCUUUCACAGAUAGAGAAUGAAUAUGGACCAGUGGAAUGGGAGAUAGGAGCACCGGGCAAAGCCUACACGAAAUGGGCAGCUGAAAUGGCCGUGGGACUUUCCACUGGUGUCCCAUGGAUUAUGUGCAAGCAAGAUGAUGCCCCUGACCCUAUUAUAAACACAUGCAACGGAUUCUACUGCGAGGGUUUCAAACCAAAUUCGGACAGGAAGCCAAAGAUGUGGACAGAGAACUGGACUGGUUGGUUCACUGAGUUUGGCGGUGCGGUUCCGUACAGACCAGCAGAAGACAUUGCAUUCUCCGUUGCGCGGUUCAUUCAGAACGGUGGCUCCUUCGUCAAUUACUACAUGUACCAUGGAGGGACGAACUUUGACAGGACUGCCGGUGGGUUCAUCGCCACGAGCUAUGACUACGACGCACCUCUUGAUGAAUAUGGGUUACCAAGAGAACCGAAAUGGAGUCAUUUGAAAGAGUUGCAUAAGGUCAUCAAGCUAUGCGAGCCAGCUUUGGUUACCGUUGAUCCAACCGUUACAUCGCUCGGGGAUAAUCAAGAAGCUCAUGUUUUCAGGUCCAAGUCCUCCUGCGCUGCAUUUCUCUCGAACUAUGACCCAAGUUCUGCCGUGAAAGUCACAUUCGGGGGAUUUCCUUACGAUUUGCCUCCGUGGUCUGUUAGUAUUCUGCCUGACUGCAAAACUGUGUAUUACAACACUGCACAGGUUCGUGCCCCGAGUGUAACCAUGAAGAUGGUUCCUACUGGUGGCCCGUUCUCAUGGGAAUCAUACAACGAAGAAAGCCCUUCUUGGAAUGACGACGGCACAUUUGCACUGGAUGGGUUCGUGGAACAGAUAAACAUGACCAGAGACAGUACAGACUAUCUCUGGUACCUUACCGACAUCACAAUCAGUCCUGAUGAGAAGUUCUUGAAGACUGGCGAUGACCCUCUUCUAACCAUUUGGUCUGCCGGCCAUGCAUUACACGUCUUUGUGAAUGGACAGCUUGCAGGGACUGCAUAUGGAAGCCUAAACAACCCGAAACUAACCUUUAGCCAGAAGAUCAAGUUACAUGCAGGAGUGAAUAAGUUAGCUCUGUUAAGCAUCGCAGUCGGUCUCCCGAACGUCGGGCUGCAUUAUGAGACAUGGAAUGCUGGGGUUCUUGGCCCGGUCUCGCUGAAGGGAGUAAAUUCCGGAACAUGGGACAUGUCCAAGUGGAAAUGGUCCUACAAGGUUGGCCUGAAAGGUGAAGCUCUGAGCCUUCAUACCGUGACAGGGAGUUCCUCCGUGGAAUGGGUAGAAGGAUCACUGGUGGCAAAAAAGCAACCUCUGACCUGGUACAAGGCUAGUUUUGACACACCGGCAGGCAAUGAACCAUUGGCUCUGGACAUGGACACAAUGGGGAAAGGCCAAAUUUGGAUAAACGGCCGAAACAUUGGACGUCAUUGGCCAGGGAACACGGCUCAUGGGAACUGCGGGCGUUGCAGCUAUGCUGGAACUUACACUGACAAGAAAUGUCUAAGUAACUGCGGAGAAGCUUCUCAAAGAUGGUACCAUGUUCCUCGCUCGUGGCUGAAGCCAUCUGGGAACCUUCUGGUUGUGUUUGAGGAGUGGGGCGGUGACCCUAAUGGGAUCACCCUAGUGAGAAGAACAAGCAAAUGAAGCUUCUGGCUAAGGUUUUUUCAUGGCAGAAGCUGUUUCCAUGUUUCCUGCUCUGCUUUCAAGAUGACGCAAAAGCCGGAAACUGCGAAUUUGUGCAGUGAUUACAA